AUGGACCAAGUCAUGAACUAUUCGUUUAAAAAUGUUUACUUUAUAGCAAGCCACUCAGACGAGGGCUCAGAUGUGGACUCAGAGCCGGGUUUGCCAUUAAAGAGGAAACAGCGGCGCAGUCGGACCACGUUCACGGCCGAGCAGCUGGAGGAGCUGGAGAGAGCUUUCGAACGCACCCAUUACCCUGAUAUUUACACCAGAGAAGAGCUCGCUCAGAGAGCUAAACUCACCGAGGCACGAGUACAGGUUUGGUUCAGUAAUAGAAGGGCUCGUUGGAGGAAGCAGGCAGGAGCCAAUCAGCUCAUGGCGUUUAAUCACCUGAUACCUGGUGGUUUCCCAGCCUCUGCGAUGUCAAGUCUUCAGCCCUAUCAGCUGGCAGACAGCCCUUACCCUCCCUCAUCCAUCUCACAAGCAGUAUCGGAGCAGCCCAGCACUGUGCACAGGCCCCAGCCUCUUCCCCCCACCUCAGUGCAUCAGACUGGGCUUGGCAGCGGACCGGGGGCCCAGGAUGGGAGUUCGGCCUACUGCCUUUCCUCUGGACGUCAUGGCUUCUCUGGUUACUCGGAUGGCUAUGUGGCCGCGCCGGGCCAUGCAAACCCAGUGAACCCCACCAUCAGCAACAGCCUCCAAUCACAGGUGAUGGGGCUGUUGAAUCCCGGUGGAGUGCCACACCAGCCUCAGAGUGAUUUUGCCCUCUCUCCGUUGACGGGCGGUUUAGAGCCCAGUACAGGCAUGGCUCCCAGCUGCCACUCCUCUCAGAGAUUGGAGGCUCUGUCAGGCCUGCCCAGCUCCCAGUCCUACUGCCCCUCCAGCUACAGUUCACCCGGGUACAGCGUGGACCACGUGGCAUCUUACCAGUACAGCCAGUAUGGGCAGAGUAAGGUGCCUUUCAUUAUCUGAAACCCAGCAUUGACUGAAUGAAGACAGACAGGAAGGAGAUGAAGAGAUCUAUGGAUGACUGUAAACUCUUGCACUUGAGCUCUCCUUCACGUCUUGAAUGUUUGACCAAAAUGACCAUGCUUCCUCAAACUCCCGCUCGAGGAGCGCUGAGGAGAGGCCAGCGGUGACGGUGGUCCUCUCUGACGCCUGUGGGUCCAAAGUGCAACUGAGUUGGUUUUACGAGGGGGAUAUUGUGGGUGGGGUUGGGUUGGGUUUAGGACCAGGACUGAAGACAGGUUUUAGACAGUUUAGACCUGGACGAAACUGCCUCUCCAUAUAUCUAUUACCAUUCUGGAGCAGGUAUCACACGUUCUGAUGACACUUACCGCCUCCUUCCUGAAGAACGACAAGCCAUGGGACACUACGAGGACAAAGGGAAAGGACAAAAAAGGACAAACAAACAACUCAAAGACUGAGUCUGUGCUUAUAAACAGCAUGGAAUGGCAGGGAAGAGUGUGGCGCCAUACUCUGAUAUCAGCUGUCCACUGACGGACGCACUUUAGUGGCUGGUUGCUGGUGACUCUUUGGUUGAGACUGAUUUUGUUGAUAUAUUUCGGAAAUAAGGGCUCGGAAAAGACUGAUGUGCCAACUUUCCUUAUUUCUCAUUCAUACAUAAAUGUAUAAAUAGACAAGAACAUGCUCACAUUCGGCACAACGCUCUCAGGUCCUCUUCAUAGAGAGAAAGAGGCUGAACUAAAUGAAAUGCACUCAAGUGUCUGAUGGCAUUUCACCGGCGUAAACGAUGGAGUGUGAUCCUCGGAAGUGCAGACAGGCUAUGUAACACAGACCCCUUUAUUACCAGUCAUCUGAUCACACACAAAAUACCCUGUUAUUAUGAGACAGAAAUGAUGUUCAGAAUAGAAUACUAUUGCACUGCUUAUUGCACUGUAUACUACAGUAUAUACUAAAAUAAUGCAAUGCAUUUCAAAUUGUAGCAUGCUACCUUGUAAAUGCUGUUGCAUUUUUUAAUCUAAUUUGAUUUGGCAGAUGACGUGUCGAAAAAACAAAAAUAAAAUACUUAGAUUUAUAUGUUACAAUGGAAUAGGAAAGUCAAGUCGAAUGCAUUGCAAUGUUGAAUAUAAUAUUGUGUAGAAGGUCGUCUAGCUAGUUUUGCAUGCAGAACAGUUGCAUUCAAUAUACAUAGUGCUGCAUACUGAAACAUUAGUAGUAUGGUAGUAUGCUAUUCUGAACAUUCAGAGAGACACAGGCCACAAACAAACCCAAGGAAAGUGCAAUACACACUCAAUACCUCAAAAACACUCAUCUGUUCUCACUCGCUCAAAAAAAAUCAUCUGUCUUUAAACUUAAGUUGUUUUUCAUGCAAAGAAAAGAUUCCAGAUGAUGAAGCAUUCCAUAUUGUGGAUGGAUGUCACCUUUCAGAUGAAGUUCUUGUUCUGUCUCUGUAACACAUUGUUCAUGUCUUAUUUUGUAGCUUGUUGUUUUAUACUUUCAUGUUUUGUUUUUGAUUCUCGACUGCAUAUAAUGGUUGAUGGAUAAUGUGUAAAAUGCAGCACUAUUUACUAUUUAUACGAAAAUAAAUAAAUAAAUUGCUUUCAAGGUUA